AUGUCCUCUUUCGCCCCCAAUAAGGCUGACGACGUCGCCAUUGCCACCAUAAGGACUCUCGCAGUCGAUGCCGUCGCAAAGGCAAACUCAGGACACCCAGGCGCCCCGCUGGGUAUGGCCCCCGUCGCCCACGUCCUUUUUUCGCGAUUCAUCAACGCCAACCCCAAGAACUCAAAGUGGUUCAACCGCGAUCGAUUUGUUUUAUCUAACGGACACGCAUGCGCCCUUCAAUAUGUCCUACUGCAUUUGUUGGGCUACCAGCUCUCGAUAGAUGACCUCAAGGCGUUCCGCCAACUUGGUUCCAAAACUCCUGGUCACCCCGAGGCUGGCAUUGAAGUUACCACUGGUCCUCUCGGCCAAGGUUUUGCUAACGGUGUUGGAUUGGCCAUUGCUCAGGCUCAUCUUGGGGCUGUCUACAACAAGGAUGGCUUCGAUCUCAUCAACAACUUUACCUAUGUUUUCACCGGAGAUGGGUGUCUUAUGGAAGGUGUAGCAAGCGAAGCAGCCAGUCUAGCUGGUCAUCUUCAACUCGGGAAUCUCAUUGUGGUUUACGAUGACAACCAUAUCUCCAUUGACGGAGACACCGCCGUCGCCUUCACUGAGAACGUGGAACAACGCUUCCUUGCCUACGGUUGGCAAGUACUUCACGUCGACAAUGGCGAUUCCGACCUUGCUUCGAUCUACUCUGCCAUUGCCGAGGCCCGCAAGGAGAAGGGCAAGCCUACCAUAAUUCGCCUGAGGACGACCAUUGGCUUCGGAUCAAGGGAAGAAGGCACCCACGGUGUGCACGGAUCUCCCCUCAAGGCCGACGACAUUGUAUCCUUGAAGACCAAAUUCGGUUUCGCUCCAGAUCAGUCUUUCCAAGUCCCUCAAGCUGCUUACGAUUACUACGCUGAAUUCGGGAAGCGCGGAGCUGCCUUGGAAACGGAAUGGAACUCACUGCUCGCUUCAUAUGGGCAGAAAUACCCCAAUGAGCACGCGGAACUCACUCGACGAAUUUCCGGCGAGCUCCCAGCGGGCUGGGAGAAAGCGUUGCCGAUCUACAAGCCCACAGACGCCGCCGUUGCCUCCCGCAAGCUGUCUGAGAUCGCUCUCACUAAGCUCGCCCCCGUCAUCCCCGACCUUCUCGGUGGUUCCGCCGACUUGACUGGCAGCAACCUGACGAAAGUCAAGGGUUCAGUCGACUUCCAGCCCCCCAGCACCGGUCUCGGCACAUACGCUGGCACUUACAUCAGGUAUGGUGUACGUGAACACGCUAUGGGUGCCAUCGCCAACGGUCUUGCUGCCUACGGUGGAAUUAUUCCCUACGUGGCGACCUUCUUGAACUUUGUAUCUUACGCUUCGGGCGCAGUGAGGUUGUCUGCACUGAGCAACCACCAGGUAAUCUGGGUUGCCACUCACGAUUCCAUUGGUUUGGGCGAGGAUGGCCCAACACAUCAGCCCGUCGAGACCGCCAUCGCACUCCGUGCCACGCCAAACGUUGCAUUCUGGCGCCCAGCUGACGGCAACGAGACUUCUGCCGCUUACCUUGUUGCUCUCAAGUCAAACAAGACCCCCUCCAUCCUUUCUCUUUCACGUCAGAACCUCCCCAACCUGGAAGGGUCCACCGUUGAGAAGGCUGCUCGGGGUGGUUACGUUCUCCACGAGGAGGAUAACGAAGACCUGACUAUCGUCAGUUCUGGUAGCGAAGUCAGCAUCGCUGUUGAGGCUGCCAACAAACUCAAGGCUGAGGGCAUCAAAACCCGUGUUGUCAGUCUGCCUUGCUGGCUGACGUUUGACCAACAGGAUGAGGAGUACAGGCUGAGCGUUCUCAGGAGUGGUGCACCUAUCCUUUCUCUGGAAGCCCUCUCGACUGCUGGAUGGCAGAAGUAUAGCCACGAGCAAUACGGCCUGCCUGCUUGGGGUGCUUCUGGACCAUAUCUCAAGGUUUACGAGAAAUUCGGUAUCACUGGUUCAAAUAUCGCCAAGGUCGGAAAGCAGGUCGUCGACUUCUACAAGGGCAAAUCGGUGGUCUCCCCGUUGGUCAAGGCCAUUCACUUGUGA